UCUCCGCUUGGCACCGGCAACUCGUAGACUCUUUGAAGAAAUGAUUCGCAGAGCUCGAGGCUUUUAAGGGCGACCUGCUGCCAGUUGAUGUGAACAUUUCGAAGAGCAUGUUGGAGGUCGUGGUGUUUUUCGCGUUGGUAGCCACUUCUGGGGCGAUCCCGCAAGAGUACAAGAUGAAGAAGGAGGUCCAGGCCGAGGGUCCGCUGCCGUUCCUUCAAUUUACAAAUGGCGGUAUCAGGGUGAACUUUGGAGGAUAUCACGCGGAAGCAGGAUUGGGCGGUCUUUUGGGAGACUCUCGUGCAGGGGGUGGAUUGCAUGCCAGUGCAGGAACUCCUUUCGGAGCUCAUGCAUCCGCAGGAUUAGGAGGACUUCUCGGGGGAGACAGUGGAACGGCAGGUAACAAUAUAGUCCAGAAACAACAAUCGGCAAAGAUGGGCAUACCAACAAUAAGGAAAACGGCGCAUGUGUCGUAAAUAUCGCAUGUUAAAUUCGUGGUUCCAUUGCACACAUCCAUUACACUACAAAUGCCCAAAUAACAGCGUCUUACCAUUAAAGCGUUCAUGUUAUGUGUCUUUAUAUUUCAUAAAUACUGCAAUCAGUUUUUAUUUUAUCAACAAGGCUUUAAUUAAUGUAUCUUCAUUCAUUUAAUUACUGACAAAAAAUCCCAUUUCCUCCUUCGUAGCGAAAAAGUGCACACCAGUUCGUUACUUAACAUUAGAAACUUCUAACAUACACAUGUGUCACUUUCACAUCUUACCUCACAGUGCAUUCGGCGUUUACAUUGUACGACUCCCACUCAUUCUUCUAUCAUAUGUAAACCUGAAGAAAUAAAUUCAAACGUAUUUGUGAGAAAAUUUUCAUUCCUAAAAACAACCUCAAAAGUGGGCUUGGAUUUUCUUGUAAUUUUUUCGUGAUUUCAUUUCCGACUAUUCCCUAAUAGCACAAAAUAUUUGUCCUAUAUUUUCUAUAU